AUGGCAUCUUCGAGACGAGUUGGCCAUCAAGGCUCUGCCACGACUGUCAUGGAACUUGAGCCCAUUCACUCUCCGCUACGGGCACCUGAGAAACAGUAUGCUGUGGAGUCGGGCAGAAGACUCGGUCAGAAUGAUCUCGAUGGUGAUCGCGAACGCCGUGAUCAAAACGAGACUUUGCCAUCUCCUACUGUUGCUUCUCAUGAUGCACUGGAGAAAUGGAGUGCUCCAAGAUCAAACCUCUAUCGAACAUUGGCGGCCUUCAUAGGAUUCGCUAUCAUGGGUAUGAACGAUGCCACUUACGGUGCCAUCAUUCCAUAUUUGGAAACACAUUACAAGCUCUCCUAUACUAUCGUGUCACUUAUUUUCCUCAGUCCUCUCGUCGGCUACAACCUCUCAGCCUUGCUCAACAACACUAUACACCUUCGGUUCGGACAGAGAGGUGUAGCCUUCAUCGGACCGCUUUGUCACCUACUGGCAUACAUCGUCAUCGCGGUGCACCCUCCAUAUCCGGUCCUAGUUGUAGUGUUUGCCAUUGCUGGUUUUGGAAACGGGCUGGAAGACGCAGCUUGGAAUGCCUGGAUGGGCGCAAUGUCAAACGCCAACGAAGUAUUGGGCUUCCUUCACGGUAUCUACGGCUUGGGCGCUACUAUUGCUCCCCUGAUUGCCACCUCGCUCAUCACAAAAGCUGACAAACCUUGGUGGACGUGNAUUGCGUUUGCGGCCGUCGAACUCGUUACCAGCCUUUGGGCCUUCUGGGGUCAGACAGGAGAGGUCUUUCGUCUUGCUCACCCCAGAACCACCGACCAAUCAGGCAACCGGAUGAAGGAGGCGUUGCUCACUAUGCCUAGUGCCCGAGUUACAUGGUUGUGUGCUUUGUUCUUAUUGGGAUACGUCGGCAUCGAAGUAGCUCUUGGUGGCUGGAUCACCACAUUCAUGCUUCGGGAACGUCACGGCAGCCGGUUCGCCUCUGGCAUGACUGCUACUGGCUUCUGGCUCGGAAUCACAAUCGGUAGACUGGUACUUGGUUUUGUAACACCACGCAUUGGAGAGAAGCUUUCCAUUGCCAUCUACCUUCCGAUCGCGACCGGUCUCGAACUCCUCUUCUGGCUUGUUCCACAAUUCUAUGUUUCGGCUGUUGCAGUAGCACUACAAGGCUUCUUCCUAGGUCCGCUAUUUCCAGCUGCUGUUGUUGCAACAACCAAGCUGUUGCCUAAACACUUGCAUGUCAGUGGUAUCGGUUUUGCCGCUGCGUUUGGUGGCUCUGGCGCUGCGAUAUUCCCCUUCGUCACCGGUGUCAUUGCACAAUCAAAAGGUGUGCAGGUUCUUCAGCCAAUAAUCCUGGCACUGCUGGUUGUCAUCUGGCUGUUUUGGAUCUCACUUCCUAGGAUCGGGAAGAAGAGGGAUUGA